CCCGGCAGCUGGGGAGAGUUUAGUAGGGGUCCUGAGGAGCCCCAUCCCGGGGGAUGCGGGCCGGGGUGUCUCGGGACUGGACACUCGAGGGUGGGAGGGCGGGCGGUCCUGGUCCCUCCCGUCGGGGGCGGCCGCUGGGGCCCGAGGCGAGACGGGUACAGGAACGGGCGCAGCGGUACCGGCACCGAUACCGACCCGCGGUACCGGGACCAUGGCGGGGCUGGCGCGGUGCCAGCGCGAGGCCGAGGAGGUGGCGGAGCUGAUGCGACAGAACGUGGCGCGGGCGCUGGAGCGGGAGGGGCACCUGGAGCAGCUGCAGAGCCGUGCCCAGGACCUGCGAAAAGCGAGCGAAGCCUUCACCCGCACCACACAGACGGUGACGCGGCGCCAGCGCAGGCGACAUCGGCGGUGGCACCUGGUGGCCCUUGGCCUCGGCCUCCUCCUCCUCUUCAUCCUGGCUCUGGCACUGGCACUGGCCCUGGCACGGUCAUCCCCCGGGACUGUCACCAGCACUGUCCCCACCCCGCAGGGGGGCACCAAGCACCCCCCCAGCACUGCAGGGGCUCCAUGACAGAGCCUGAGGGGCUCCACCACGAAUAAACAUCAGGACUUGCCUGGGGAGACCCUACAAUAACGAUAGUGAACCAGUGGGAUGAGCUUCAAGGAGACCCCACAAUAAAUAAACCCCAAGAUCUGCUUUGAAGAGUCUCUACAAUAAAAACCCAGCAAGACCCACUCGAGGGAAACACUACAACAAGCACCAAGAGCUCUGUGGGGAGACCCGACAAGCACAAACCAGGAGGAUGAACUUCCGGAAGACCCUAUAAUAAAUAAAUAUUAGGAUUUGUUUUGGGUUGACCUUUGGGUUGAUCAGAAUCUGAUUUGGAGAUACCCCACAAUAAAAAACCAGCAGGAUGAACUCUUGAGAAGACUCUACCAUAAACGAACUCCAGAGUAAGUUUAGGACUCCACAGCAAUGAAGCCUGCCGGAUCUACUUCAGGGAGACCCUAUGAAAAAUAAACACCAGGAUCUGUUUUGGGGAGACCCUACAAUAAACAAAUACCAAGAGCUCUUUGGAAGACCCUACAAAAACAGAGCAGUGGUAUCAGCUUGGGGGAGAUCCUACAAUUUCAACCCAGUGGGAUGAUUUUCCACUGAAGAAAUUCCCUUUUGUCCUGGGAAGAUUUUACAAUAACAAACGUGCCAGAA